AUGGAAAGUGUUACAAGGGACUGGCGAAAUGAAUCCCAGAAAGUAUUUGCUUUCUUACAGGAUUCUGUUUCUUGGAAUACGAUUAUAGCUGGGUGUGCAAAAGGAGAUUAUUGUGAGGAGGCUAUUGAAUUGUUUGAUUUUAUGGUGGAUUUAGAGAUUAGGCCUGAUAACGUUGCAUUGGUCUCAACGCUUUCUGCUUGUGCACAGCUAGGAGAACUUGAAAAGGGAAAGAAAAUUCAUGAUUAUAUUGAAAGGAACGCGAUGAAAGUGGAUACCUUUUUGUCAACUGGGUUGGUUGAUUUCUAUGCGAAAUGCGGGUGCGUUGACGUUGCUUUAAAGAUAUUUGACUCGAGUUCAGACAAAAAUCUGUUUACUUGGAAUGCAAUGCUUGUUGGCCUUGCAAUGCAUGGGUAUGGUGAGUUAUUGUUGGAGUACUUCUCGCGAAUGAUAGAGGCUGGGGUAAAACCAGAUGGGAUUAGCAUUUUAGGAGUUUUGGUAGGGUGCAGUCAUAGUGGUCUCGUAGAUGAAGCAAGGAAGCUUUUUGAUGAGAUGGAAUCUGUUUAUGGAGUCCCUCGAGAGCCAAAGCAUUACGGGUGUAUGGCUGAUUUGCUUGGGCGGGCUGGGUUGAUUAAAAAAGUGAUGGAAAUGAUAAAGGAUAUGCGCAGAGGAGAUGAUAUGUCUGUGUGGAGUGGUUUGCUGGGAGGAUGUCGAAUUCACGUGGAUGUUGAGAUUGCAGAGAAAGCAGCGAAGCACUUGAUGGAGUUGAAACCCGAUGAUGGUGGGGUUUAUUCAAUUUUGGCUAAUGUUUAUGCUAAUGCAGAACGAUGGGAAGAUGUAAUGAAUAUCAGGAGAUCAUUGAGCAGUAAUAGGGUGGUAACGAAGAUUGCUGGUUUUAGCUUGAUUCAAUUGGAUGGCGUUGCACGUGAGUUUAUCGCAGGGGAUAGAUUGCAUUCUGAAAGUGAUAAGAUAUAUUUGGUUUUAAAUGGAAUAAGAGAACAUCAAAGUGAACUGAGCUAGAUGCCUGAACUUUCAGAAUUCGAACACGUACUUGCAACAUCUGCAUUAGCUGUUUUGGAAGGGAAUUUUAUAUCUGCAAAAAUGACCAUCAGCUUGUGAUACACGGAGACAGCUGGCUGUUAAGCUAGAAAUUCUUGAAUGGGAACAAAUAUGUGGGUGCUCUUACAAUUGGAUGACUUUUCUAAUCAAAACAUACAUAUGCAAUUAUCGGUGGCGUUACCCGGGACAGUCACCCUGUAAAAGAAAGACAACUGUAGUGGAAAUGCAAGUUGCGAACUUUCAAACUUCUUCCAUCAACAGUGGAAAGCCAAUUUUUUCAAGACAUUAGCUACUGUCCAAGCAACCACUUAUCUCAAUGCCAACUGACCACACAUCAUAUAAGGCAACCAAUCCUGUGGCAAGAAUGGGUAUAUAUUGUGCGGCAUAGCAGAGAAGGCAAUCUGAAGUAUGAAUAUGAUUUCAUGCCUGCUUGAUAUGUUCAAUUACUAAAGAAAAUAAAGAGCUUCAGAGCUUCCCUCCGGAAACUUGCCAAGUUGCCAUAGCGCGUUGCUCAUCUUCAGAAUGCAAGCUCAACCUACUAGCAAUGCUGCUCCUUACAAAGGGAUGUCCGAUGUAUUUUGGAGGACAUUUCAGAAUGAAGGUUAUAAUGGCUUUUACAAGGAAUUUUUCCAAAUCUUCGAAGGUUGUGCCAGCAGUAAGCAUAACAUAUAUGGUUUACGAGGCUAUGAAAAAGAGCCUAGAUCUUGAUUAGGGAUUGCAACUGUCAUACACUCUGGCAUCUAAAUUGAUGCCAGAUCUGGAAUAAUGUUUAUGGUUUUUCAAUGGUUUUUUGAUAAGGAAAAUUAA